GGAUUGUUCAGUUGUCUUUCAGCAGUUCGUCUUUAUUUUUCAGCUCUGAUUUCUUUUUAGUAUAGCUUUUAACCAGAAUAAAAUUUAAAGUGUAAAAAAGAAGUCGAACAAUUCAAUAUACCAAUUCGAUAUCUCUUUUUAUAUGCUUAAAUUCUGCAUUUCUCUGUGCUUAAAAAUUCAAUUAUUUACCUAUGAACGUGUCUAUGGAGAACCAACAAGAUAGCGAUGAAAAUACCACGACCCCAUCAAAAUUCAGUAGUGUCCAGUGGCUUUCUAGGUCUGGAUCCGAACAAUCGACCACAACAUGUCAGACAGCCGAAACGGAGCUAGAGGAGGGGGUUCCCAAUGAUUACCUGUACUCGUUGCUUGAGUGCCCCGUGUGCUUCGGCUACAUGAUGCCCCCCAUAAUGCAGUGUCACCGGGGUCACAUGAUCUGCCAGAGCUGCCGCCAAAUGGUGACCCUCUGUCCUGUUUGCCGCGUGAACCUGACCACCAUUCGCAACCUGGCCAUGGAGAAGGUUGCCUCCAAACUGGUGUUCCCCUGCAAGUACUCGCACCUGGGCUGUCGAGCACGGCUCGCGUAUGCGGAGAAGAGUAGUCACGAAGAGAGGUGCGAGUGCAGUCUGUACAAGUGUCCAUAUCCGGACGAGAAGUGUGUCUGGCAGGGACCGUUGGACGAUGUAUUCCAGCAUUUACUCGUCAGUCACGAGAACAUCAUCACAAUGGAGGGCACCGAUAUCAUAUUCCUGGCCACCAACGUGAACCUAGAGGGCGCUCUUGAUUGGACCAUGGUCCAAACCUGCUUUGGCCGGCAUUUCCUGCUCUCCUUGGAGAAGGUCACAAUGGGGGAUGACUUUCAGCAGUUUAUUGCCACCUGCCGUAUUAUCGGAACCGUGAGGGAAGCUGCCAAUUUCGAGUACUAUAUCACUCUGGAGACCAAUAAGAGAACCCUGCGCUGGAAGUCAUCACCGAAAUCAAUUCGAGAGAGCAUCACCUUCGUCGAUUCGGAUUUCCUUGUGCUCAACAAAGCAACUGUUCAACUGUUUGCGAAAGAUGGCGACCUCGCUCUUAACGUGGUCAUUAAAAUGUUGAAAGAGGCCAGUGAACCGCCUACGGUAUCCAAUUCGUCCCUACCCCCAGCGUUUAGUCGCCUGCCACCCCAUCGAUGGGCAUGACGAUCGUCCUUUCCCCUAGUCCUAGCCAUCUAUACGGGCCACGUUCUCCAUCAGCCCACACCAAGUCUGCAGUUCCAACUAAAAGCUGUCGUUCUUAAACGUAUCCAUAAUAAAUAGCAUGUCAUGUCAUGGGAUUUGUAUAGUCAAAA